AUGACGGACGAUAACACCCCAUCCUCUUCGAGCGCGCCAAAACAAAUUGGCAAGAUUGGACGGUACCAAGGACCCUCCGGCUGGUUAUCACUCAGUACAGAAAGCACAAGCCCUAUGGCAACACAUGGGCAAGGCACCCUGACCAAACUUAUCAAGAAUCAAUCGAACGGAUCGUUGGUAACCAUGCGCCGGCAGUCUGGAUCAAUCUUAGGUCGAGACUCGUUGGAUGAUGAAGAGCGCCCGCGCAGUGUAUUCGACGACCGCGAUGAUUUCAGUGAAAGACGUUUGAGUGCUGUGCUCAAUGGGCCACAGAUGCGCAGUCAACGCCUCAUUGGCAAUAGCAAUCCUCGAUACAAAUGGGAGAGAUAUUGGAAAACUGAGGAAGAACUGAAAGGCAUGAAGAAGCCGAUACGCCAGUACUACGAACGAACCAAUUCUCUCAUUCAACAAUAUAUUUACAUUGAUCGGUUACUCGAUUCUUCAAUUCCUCAUGAUCUCCUCAAUGAAUACGAACACAAUGCAUGCAGUGGACGAUUUGAAGUGCCCACGACGAUAUCAGAAGAACCGCGUACACCCCCAGAAUCAGAAACUCCCACCAGUAAUGACAAUGGCACUGGAUCUGUCCCGAAGAGAAUCAAGCGGACACCCCGAGAGAUCUAUAAGGUCACGGAGGAGACGCCUCUUCUUCUCUCCGAGGAAGACAGCGAAUACGAUGGACCAAAGCCCGAAAUUCCCGGCAUGGAGGACGACAGUGUGGAGAGUGGUGAUAGGAUUGUGCAGAUUGCGAUUUACAUCAAUCUAGUAGCCAAUACAGUUCUUCUGGCUGGUAAAAUCGCCGUCAUUGUUUUGACGAGCUCUCUUUCGGUUCUUGCUAGUCUUGUUGAUGCAGCAUUGGAUUUCCUCAGCACAGCCAUCGUUUUUACCACUACCAAAAUGAUCGAACGUCAAGAUCAAUAUUCGUAUCCUGUUGGCCGUCGGCGCCUUGAGCCAAUUGGUGUCCUUGUCUUCAGUGUUAUCAUGGUUACAUCUUUCAUUCAGGUGGCAUUAGAGUGUUUCAAUCGACUCUCUUCAGAUGAUCGUGUGAUCAUCGAGCUCACCCUACCAGCCAUUGUUAUCAUGUCUUCAACAGUCUUCAUCAAGGCCCUUUGUUGGCUAUGGUGUCGUCUUAUCAAAAACUCUAGUGUCCAAGCACUUGCCCAAGAUGCCAUGACCGACGUUAUCUUUAACAUUUUCAGUAUCAUUUUCCCCCUCGUCGGCUUCUACGCUAAACUAUGGUGGCUCGACGCUCUCGGAGGUCUUCUCCUUUCCCUUUUCGUCAUCAUAAACUGGGCUGGUACAUCCGCCGGUCACAUACGUAAUCUCACUGGUGCUGCUGCCACUGCCGACGAACGCAAUGUUCUUCUCUACCUCACCAUGCGUUUUGCACGUACCAUCAAGCAAAUCCAAGGUUUGCAAGCAUAUCACGCCGGCGAUAAACUCAACGUCGAAGUCGACAUUGUGCUAGAUGAAAGUAUGAGUCUCCGUGAUAGUCACGAUUUGGGUGAAUCGCUACAGUAUGUGUUGGAGUCGGUGCCCACGGUUGAUAGAGCAUUUGUUCAUCAAGAUUACGCGGGCUGGAAUCUACCAACGCAUAUGCAGCAGCAGGGGCAAUGA